GACGCCAGAGUUAGGAACCUAAUCGCCUGUAUGGCUGUAGAUGAACAAGGUUGGAAGAACGGUCUUGGUCUCAAAGAGUAUUACGAGAAGUUUGGGUUCGAGCAAAUGGGCCAUCUGAAAAGGGUUGGCCAUAAGUUCGAUCGAUGGAUUGAUACAAUUUACUUGCAACUCUGUUUGUGGUGACAUCUGAUGCUGGUAUAGCGCCCCAGAACCCUCAAGAGCUAGAAGAAAACCUAGCAUCUCCCGAUGUAGCAAUGCUUUGCAAGGUAGAACACGCUGAGUACGCCUCUACGUGGAUUCGGGAACGGAAAUCUUUUACAGUACCAUUCUUCAACGGAGGUUUGCAAUAUCGGCUACAAAUUCAACACCAAGGCCAAAAACUGGAAAUUAUGCUCUUGAAUUCAAUCUUGGCUCUGCUACCGCAUCAUCCAGAGGUCUUUUUGAGACGUCAACCAGCUUCAAAACAGUGCCGAUUUCUCGAUCUAUUAGCAAUUCGAUGCCACUUUCCAGCCUAUUCCAUACAUUUUUCGACAAUAGUUUGUCAUAUAUGAAUCAUGUGAUAGCGCAUUCGGCAAUCUAUUCGAUUCCCAUGAACCACC